AUGUCUGCCAUAAGUGAAGAUCAGAUCCAAGAAUAUAAGGAGACGUUCGGUAUAUUCGACUCGAAAGGGGACGGUAUGGUGAGCGUUGGACAGGUGGGUGACGUGAUCCGAGCCCUGGGCCAGAAUCCCACCGAAGCGGACAUCAAGAAGUGUUGCGAAAUAUACAAACCCGAGGAUCGGAUCAGUUUCGAGACAUUUAUGCCAAUCAUGCAAACGAUUGUCAAGAAUCGGAAGAAAUAUUCAGUCGACGAGUUUGUCGAAGGGCUCCGACAUUUCGAUAACGACGGCUCCGGCUAUAUAUCCUCCGCCGAGUUGAGACACCUGUUGACCGCUUUGGGCGAGAAGUUGACGGAAGAAGAAGUGGAACAGAUUCUGGUGGGGAUGGAGGACGAGGAGGGACGGGUCAACUACGAGUACUUCGUCAAACAGAUUAUGUUAGGCUGA